AUGCCUGGAGCCCUCAACAUUCGCCGCCUACUUCAAGGAGCGACGUUGCCCUAAAGGAUCCAAACACCCAUAACCCAUUGCUGCUGUUCCACUGUGGAGUCAAGGUCCGCAGAGAGAGACAGAGAGAGGGGAAUGGGGAGCUCUGGGAACGGCGUUGUAGGCGGCGGCGGAGGCAAUGGAGUGGUCGACAAGGGAGUAGAUUUCGCCCAGUAUUUCUGCACCUACGCGUUUCUCUAUCACCAGAAAGAGAUGCUCUGCGAUCGAGUCCGCAUGGACGCCUACUACAAUGCCAUUUUUAAGAACAAGCAUCAUUUUCAAGGAAAGACUGUGUUGGAUGUAGGUACGGGAAGUGGCAUUCUUGCAAUCUGGUCAGCCCAAGCAGGGGCAAGAAAGGUAUAUGCAGUUGAAGCAACUAAGAUGUCUGAGCAUGCCCGCACUCUUGUUAAAGCAAAUAAUCUCCAAAAUGUUGUUGAAGUGAUUGAAGGCUCUAUGGAGGAGGUUGUGUUGCCAGAAAAAGUUGAUGUUAUUAUAUCAGAGUGGAUGGGGUACUUUCUCUUGCGCGAGUCCAUGUUUGACUCUGUGAUUUGUGCUCGUGACCGGUGGCUAAAGCCAACUGGCAUCAUGUAUCCCAGCCAUGCACGCAUUUGGGUGGCACCUAUCAGGUCUGGGCUGGUGGACAAAAAAGAGAACGACUAUGAAGAAGCUAUGGAUGAUUGGCGUAGUUUUGUUAAUGAAACCAAGAAUUAUUAUGGUGUGGAUAUGAGUGUUUUAACUAAGCCUUUUGAAGAGGAGCAGAACAAAUAUUAUCUACAGACUUCAAUUUGGAACAACCUUCAUCCGCACCAAGUUAUUGGGACUGCAGCUGUUGUUAAGGAAAUUGAUUGUUUAACAGCUUCUGUGGAUGACAUCCGUCAAUUCACAUCAACGUUUUUCUCAUCAGUCACUUUCGAGUCCAGACUUUGUGGGUUUGGUGGAUGGUUUGAUGUCCAUUUCCGAGGUAGGGUGGAGAAUCCAGCUCAGCAAGAGAUUGAGCUGACAACUGCCCCUAGCAUAGAUAAUGGCACACAUUGGGGCCAGCAGGUUUUUCUCUUGCAACCUUCUGUUCAAGUUAGUGAAGGGACUGAUCUCAAUAUUUCCUUCUCAAUGAGCCGUUCAAAGGAUUAUCAUCGUUUAAUGGUGGUUGAGUUUGGUUGCGACAUCAGGCAUUCUUCUGGCACGAUGCUUCCACCAAUCAAGAAGAGCUUCUACAUAGAGUGAGCAAGGAAAUGGCUACCCUUUUUGGAUGUUAAUGUCAACAAGUGAAGAAAAUGCCAAGGUCGUGGAGCAUUUCUCAUGUCUUCAAUGAGUUCAAUGUCAACCUAUCUGAGACUAGUAUAGGCUUUCAACUUGCAGCUUCCGGUUAAUUGCUGGUGUAUAAUUCCAGGUCCAAUGGGGAUAAAUUGCUGCAUGAUAAGUCAAAGGCAGAGAAAGCCAUUCACCUUAUCCCAUUUGUGUUAGUUCUAUGUGCUUUGAUUCUGUGGUUUUCUUUUCAUCCAGGUAAAAUGUAAUCAAAAAAGAAAAUAAUUGUUCUUUUCCUUUUAUUUUACAUUGGUAAUUUUGCUGAUGCAAGUUGUAGCUUGUUCUUUUAUCAGAAAUUGACAUUGAUUUGCUGGAGUUGAAAGAAAAUGGUUUAUAAUAAAUGUUUAUUUUGAUCAUGUUUGUUUUUUCAAUUACCCAGCAGGGAGUUUCCAUCUUCAUCUUCACUGACUUGGGAGCAUACUUCAGUAUAUGCUUGUUUAAAUAUGAAAUUAAGUCUAUUCAUUGUGUGGUUCAAAUUCAAAUGUUGGAAAUUAGAAAAUCUGAGCAUUGAAUGUUGAAUUGGAGAUGUCAGAUGACUUUUAGUGUUAAUAGAAAACUCAUUUGGAAGUCUUCGACGGCGUUUCAUGGUUCGACGGCGUUUCAUGUCCAUGAUUAAAUACAUGGAACCUUAUUCCUUUUCACUGCAUAUUGCUCUUAGGUCUAUUCAUUGUCUAAGUCAAAUUCAAAUCUUGGAAUUUAGAAAAAUUGAGCAUUGAAUGUUGAAUUGGGGAUGCCAGAUGACUAUUAGUUUUAAUUGAAAACCCACUUGGAGUUUUCUGCAGCCUUUUAGACAUUGAAUGUAUACUAGGAUGUUACCCUUCUAAGUUUGGUU